AUGGAUAAGGACACGGCUGCUUCACCCAGGAGUGGGAGAGCGCGCUCACCCUACCCGCCUCUAUCCUCCUACGACCCUUACCACGACUACCACUACUUCCCGCCACCGAGCUCCACCGUAGGCCCCGUGCCGUCGCUACCCCAGCCGUCGUUCGACUCACUAGAGAGCGACUGGGUAGCAAUCAAGGCUCAGGCCUUCAUGAAGACCGGCGUGGUCGACGUAUUCGGAGACAGCGGCGAUCUUGUCGAACUCAGCCGUUCCCAACGGCCCCCUGUCACGCCGCGUCCCGACGACGUUUCGCGCCAACAGAGUGAGACUCGGUGUGACAGCUCAUAUUACCCCGAGCCGCCGGCGGAGAUAAGAAGCACGUGGGCGCAUAGAGUUUACAAGCGUAUCCAAGGCAACAAGCUCCGCAAGGCCACUAGCGCCACCGAUCUGCGCGAGCCGAGGCAGCUGAGCGGCGCCGGCGAGGCUAGGCGCAGGGUGCUGAGAGACGCCGAGGCUCGGCGCGAGUACCGCCAACAGCUUCCAACCGAUAUCAAGCACACCGCCCUGUUCCCUCGCUCCAAGGGAGUAGUGCGCCGCGACAUGGACAGCGAGAGCGACUUUGGGCAUGACCCCGUCCCGGAACACCGCCUGUCGUCGCACCGCACCCUGACAUUUGACCGCAAGUGGGCGGGCGACGGCGCCGACCUCGGUGCCAGCAACAGGGGCAGCCUGUACGUGGCCAAUCCGUCGGCCCACUCCGCGGCCAUAUCCCCCGCCAACGCGUUACACCUCGAUGGAGUCACCGGUCCUUCAGCGCCUUCAAGCCACGCCGAGCCCGAGCCUCCGGCGCCUCCCGUACCACCGAAGGACUGGCAGUAUCUCUCACUGCUCAACAGCCGCAACAAUCAGUCUCCUCUCGCAAGGAGUCCAAUUCCUCAGCUAAGGUCUGGCUCGCUCUACCACUCGCCGGAGACUUGCGACGAUCCUCUCAUCCAAACCCCCGAUCUCGUCAGUGGCAACCUGGGGAGCCACCAGCUUCACCAGAUUGGCUUUGAGAGGGUCCCGGCGCAGCGGCUGUCACAAGGCGCUGACAAGUCAAAUUUGCCGGUGCCGCUUGGUGGUGACAGGUUCCGCAGCGACGUCACACCUCGUUCGAUAGGGCACACGCUUGAUCCUCAAGGACUCGAGGUGUCGGCCUGGUGGGAACGUUUUCCGUCAUCUCAAGCGCCGUCUAUGCAAGUAUCACCUAAGGCGACACCGCCGCCGAGGCCACCUCGCCCGGAUGCUGAGCUCGCUCCUACUUUCCCGAUCCUUCAGCGCACUCCUCCUCGUCAGCCCCCACCGUGCAGCCCCCCUCGUCAUCCCCUUCCACGCACCCCCUCUCACCGCUCUCCUCCUCAAGUCCGUAUCGCGCCUUCCCCAACCCGCCCAACGACUGCGACAAGCCGCUACCGGCACUUCGUUUCUGGUCACACCGUGAACCGUAUCAGCGCCCAGUUCCCCGUGUUCAAUCGCAAGGUUACCCCGCCCCGCCUCGCGCUCCCUCAUAGUGAGGAGAACUGCCCUCACCAAGAAGAGGGGCUCGUAUGUCUGCGCAACCACCUGGCGGCCGAGGUGCUCGCCAGGCACCCAACUACCAGCUCGACCGACCGUCGCUGCCUCGAAUGGAGCAAGCAAGUCGAGCCAGGUCUCCCUGUUGACCAGCGUCCCCCGCCUCUCUCUCCUGGGUCAGCCGACGCUGAAAUGGCCUUCCUCGGUCUUCUCCGCAGUCGCCUUAACAUCAACGACGACGACCACGAGGGGAACGACACGCUCACCAUUCCGUCGAUCCCCGACCACGUCGAGACAGAGUACGAGACGGCCCGCGACCAGGUUUGA